AUGCUGCACAUCAUCUCGCUAGAGUUGGCAGCCUCCCUCAGUGUCGCCUACACACUGCUGUAUGUGGCAGUUCUCUAUCUGCAUCCGAGCAGCCGUCCCACACGCCUCAUUUCCAAGGAUCAUCCAACCGUCAUCAAAACACGAAUCGCGGCUGUUUCUUUCGCCUCAGCAGUGUGUGCGGCAUGCACUGUCUAUAUUGGCAUGGGAGCACACGACAGCCUUGUCUCUGCCGCGAAACGUAUCCUUGGUCUGACCAUGAAGCCCCAAGAAGUGGUGUGGUCGCUUGCAUUAACGGCUACGCUGUUUGCAGGGCCGUUAUUUGAGUACUUUGUCGCUGAUCGCGGAUGGAUGGAUUUCCCAAGAGACAUAGUGCAUGGUCUAUUCGCUUGGACAGGUGUGCGCAACUACAUUGCAGGACCAGCAACGGAAGAAUUUGUCUUUCGAGCUUGCAUCAUCCCCUUGCACUUUUACGCUUCUGUCAAACCAGGCUACAUUGUCUUCAUCACGCCUCUCUACUUUGGUCUUGCACAUGUUCACCACAUCUACGAGAGAACUCGACAAAACCCUGGUCAGCUUGCACAGGCCUGUCUCGUGUCGUUUGUGCAAUUCACAUACACCUCCAUCUUUGGCUGGUAUGCGAGUUUCAUCUUCAUGCGCACAGGCAGUCUGCUAGCAUGCAUCGCAGUGCACUCCUUUUGCAACAUCAUGGGCCUGCCUCGUGUGACUGGCAGAGUGCGAGGAGCACUGUGGAAGUCUGUUGCGUACUAUGUUUUGCUUGUUGCAGGCCUCUUGCUAUUUACGGUGCAAAUUGAUGACUGGACUCGAUCUGCCACUGGCUAUGAGCCUUAUGCGCUUCGUAGAUGA